UCACAUUUAGCCCCCCUUCAUCGUGCACUCUUGUGUUGUCUGUUUCAAUACCUUGGCCAACGGUUAAGCCCCCCGAAUCUCCCGGCAUGUGCAAGCCGAGCCUGGACCCUUGAUCCACCGCAACCCACAGGGAAAAGACGACGGGGUUUUUGUCAAAGAGUACGGACCCAAAAACCGGCCAAGAAUUAUCCACCCAGAGGUAACACCAGCAUCAAUGCGGUAGCUUUUUUUGUGAUGCGAACGACAAGGGUGGUUACAUUGAUAGCAACAACGUUUAGACGAUCAAGCAACCAGGGCAGGGGACGAGAGAGAAAAAAAAAGAGCAUCUGCCGUGAGAGCUGACAUGAGAAAAAAAAAAAAAAAAAAAAAAGAGUACAUAAAUCAAGAACAAGGACUGCGCCGCGCAGGCUAGAAAUGCCCGCAUCUGUUUGCUCACCAUCAUCUCACAUUCACUUGUUGGUGGUGAUGAAACUAGACUAGGCCCUUGUUUACUUUUGUUGGUUAGGCUGACUUGUUUUGGACACUGCAGUUACUUGACUGUACAUCUUGCCUUGUCUAUAUCAGAUGUGGCUUUCCUCGACUCUUUGUCCUUGAAUAAGUUUCUUUGUCUCUUUUUUUUUUUUCUUCGUUUCUUUACCACCGCUUGACUUGAUCUCCUGGUGUCACAAGAGUCAUUCUUUUUAAAUUUUUAAACAUACCCAUCUCAUACCAUUGUUCGACAGUUCUACGCAACUCGUCAACUUUUCUUCACCUACAGCCACUUUUUUUCUGCAGCAUUCCUUCCAUCACACAAACAAUUCCAUCAUCAUGAGCCAACAGCACGGCUACCUGCCCCAGCCGGUCAUGCACAUGCACCAAGCCCCUCCGCCACAAGAAGGCGAAUGGGAGAGCAGCCUCAUGAACUGCAGCCCCUGCGACUCGUGCUGCCUGAGCUUGUGCUGCCCCUGCAUCCUGAUGGGCAAGACGACGGCGCGACUCGAGGACCCGUCCCUGCGCGACUACGGCUGCGUCAACCCCGACUGCCUCAUCAUGACCGGCAUCACCUUCCUGGGCUUUGGCUUCAUCUACAUCACCAUCAAGCGCAUGGAGCUGCGCAAGAGGUUCGGCAUCGCCGGCUCCGGGCUGGGAGACUGCUGCGUGUCGUGCUGGUGCAGCUGCUGCGCCGUCAUCCAGCACGACAACGAGGCCCGCAAGCGCCUAGGAGAGCCGGGCAAGGAUGGCCAUCUCGUGCAGCAGGGCUACCAGCAGAACCCGGGUAUGGUUAUGCCCAAAUAGAUCAAAAUUUGGGAGGGCUUUCUUUGAACAUCCUCAUUCUGUUUUGACGGGAUUCUUGGGGAUUUUUUUUUGUUUCUUUUUUUUUAUUUUACUGGAUAUGGAGUUGAACCCGGAUUUUGCGCUUUUGUUUUAGCGCUAUUGUUGUUAAUUAUACCUUGGCUGAUGUUGGCCUUUUUUGCUUCACGACUUUUAUAUAAUCCUUCUGUUUCUGCUGUUUCUAGCUUUCUCGGUUCAUCUGUUGCGUGUCUCGGGAGGACUCACAAAUCUUAUCGUAUUGCUACCUUUGGCAGCCACGACCCUGUUCUCC